AUGAAGAGCAUCGAACAACUGUGUAAGGCACUUGCUGUAAAUGUAGAUGGCUGUCCCCAACUUCUGCAGCAACCUGUUCCAGAGCAACCUGUUCCAGUACAGAUGGACCGGGACCUGCCAUCCUCUCUCAAACCUGAAGAAGGAGCACGUGUUUGGAAGGCGUGGGCUCAAGUGAAGAAUGAAGAGUUGCUUAAGGAAGCAGAAAACCGCCCGGCAGGACUUGGAAGACGAAAACCGAUGCAGUUCAGAGAAGAUGUCCUUUCAGUUUCAAUAGCAGAACUGAAUUAUGGACUGUGCUUGAUGACCAAAGAAGCCAGAAAGUCGGAUGGUUCCCCUUUUGAAGCAGAUACUUUGUAUUAUUUAUUUCUUUGUAUACAGAAGUAUAUGUUCGACAAUGACAGAAUUGAUAAUGUUUUUGCUGAUCUUUAUUAUUCAAAGUUCUUGGAAAAGCUUCAUGACGUGUUAAAGAACUGGGUACCAACAGUGAGCCCUCUUGGUUAUGUAAUUCCUAGCUGCAUCUGUGAGGACAUGCUGUGGGAAUGUAAGCAGCUUGGAGCCCACUCUCCCAGUACACUGCUUUUUACACUAAUGUACUUCAAUACCAAUUACGAAGAUCCAUGUAAAAGGUUCAGAAGAAUGCAUUAA